GAGACAGUGAGAGAGAUUAAGAAAGAGCUGGUGCAUUUCUUUUACAGAUUGUUGGCUCCUUCUUUUUGAAGAAAGAAAAAGCAUGGUGAGGAAAAGGUGCCGGACCGGUGAUGGUCAGUCGGAAUGUCGCAAGGCGGUGGGAAUGUACUUUUUCAAAGUUCUUAUAGGAGAUUUCCACACGAAGCUUUACAUACCUCCCGCUUUUGCAAGAUUAAUUGUGGAUGACGCUUCUGAUGGUGCUUCUUUGAACACUUCAGUUGGUUGUUACCAGAAUAUAGAAGUUCUUAAAGACAGUUAUAGCAUGUUUUUUCACAAUGGUUGGCGUGCAUUUGUUGAGCAUCAUUCAUUACAAAUCGAGGAGUUUCUUGUUUUCCGGUAUGAUGGUGAUAUGCAAUUUGAUGUUAAAAUAUUUGAUAGAAGUGGAUGUGAGAAAAUUUGUUUCAAACCAGUUCAAAUGGAUGAUAAGAAAUCCAUCUCGUGUAAUCUAAUGAAGAGUGUCUCUCGGUCGGAUGGUUAUAUGUGUGACCUUGAGGUAUCAAGAAAUGAAUGUCAUGGGGAGGUUUCUCAGGACAGUUGUCGAAGGUCGAGGAAAAAAUGUAAUUCUUCCAAGAAUUUUGUAGUUAAGGGUACAGAUGUUCUUGAUAUGAUUUGUAGAGAUCCGUUGAAGUCAAAGAUGCAUUCUGUAACUGCGAUAAAUGGAUCAAGCACGUCUCAGGAGGCUAUUUCCUUAGAAAUAACUCCUCCUGGUUUUAUGAUUACAAUGUCAACUUCAAGCGUCAAUAAAUGCUGGGUUCAUGUUCCUGCUGAUUUUGCAAAGCGAGGGAUAUUAACAACAAAACCUCCUCUGACUCUGCGGGAUGCAAGUCAUAGAUCAUGGCCUGUUCACUUUAUGCAGUAUCCUUCUCGGGCUACAUUGACUAAAGGCUGGUCUAGUUUUGUGAAGGAAAAUCAUUUGGUUGUAGGGGACAUAUGUGUCUUCAAGUUGGUCACAGGAACUGAUGAUGUUCUGGAGGUGUCCAUCUUCCGCGCUGGAAGCCAGCCUUGACCAUCACAUCUUCCUGCUUAGUGGUUGUAUGCAGACUGUGCCUGGAAUGUUUGAAUCGCUGGAGACUCUGUAAGACGAUCUCAAACGAGAACAAGACUCAGCACAGACAAUGUUACAUAAAUGAAUGACGUACAUCUCAACGAAAGCAUUUUUCUUUUGCCCUGCCGCUGAUUGGUUUCAGCUGCGAGUAGAAUCUUCGAUCUUGUUAUAGUAAUUUCGCUGUUUUUCAUGUCUUUUGGACGUUACAAUGAAUGGUCUGGAUAGAAUUUUUUUUGGUAAUUGUAAACGUUACAGGAAUUUCAAUAGGUUGGAAACAUUGCGCAGUUUGCAAUGUUAGUAGGUUGGUUUGAAUGCAAGAGAUGUUCUUUCUUGGCUGUUUA